ACUAGAACCAAUUUUCACCUAAAUCCUUCUCUCUUUUUGUGUUUUUCUUUCCUUAAUAUAUUAUUAUUAUUUAUUAAUAUGGCUUCAUUGAGUUCGAGAAGGUCAACAUGGACCGCUGAAGAGAACAAGAUGUUCGAGAGGGCUUUGGCUCACUACGAUACCCAAACGCCGGACAGGUGGCACAACAUUGCCCGGGCUGUGGGCGGUCGCAAGACGGCAGAAGACUGCAAGUCUCACUUCCAGCUGCUUCUAGAAGAUCUCUGCAAAAUCGAGUCUGGCCGUGUUCCCUUUCCCAAUUACAUGUCAACAUAAUCAUCAUCCUAUGACCAAACCUUGCUUCUUAAGCAUACAUCAUGGUCAAAGAACCACUAUGAACAACACAAAUUCAUCUACUUUAUUUUAUUUUAUUUUAAUGUCUAUUUGUUCUAACUAAGUUUAAUGCGCCCUCUUAAUUUCUUAUCAAUUAAUUUUAACACUA